AUGGUUUUUGUUGCAUUAUCACAAACUCUUUUUGUGCUCAUUUCAAUAAUACUUGCUUUAUGUCUUUGCUUGAUCACAACACUAACAUAUUUUUGGUGGAUUUUACCAAACUGUAAACUUCAAAACCUUAAGAGAUGUGGAUUUGAUGGGCCAACACCAAGUUUUCCAUUUGGAAACAUCAAAGAAAUGAAAAGGAAUUCUUCUUUUUCUUCUUCACUUGAUAUCACUCAUAAUAUUCACUCUACUGUUUCUCCUUAUUAUUCUUCUUGGCAAAAAUCUUUUGGGAAAGUUUUCGUAUAUUGGUUGGGAGCAGAACCAUUUUUAUACGUUGCAGAUCCUGAAAUCUUGAAGAAAAUAUCUGGAAAAGUUAUGGCGAAGAAAUGGGGGAAACCAAGUGUUUUUAGAAAAGAUAGAAAAGCAAUGUUUGGAAAUGGUUUGGUGAUGGCUGAAGGCAGCAUAUGGGUACAUCAUCGACAUGUUAUAGCCCCAACAUUUACUCCCAUUAAUCUUAAGACAAUGGCAGGCAUGAUGGUUGAUUCAACAAAGAAAAUGAUCAAUAGGUGGAAUUCCGAAAUUAACUCCGGGCGCCUUGAACUCGACCUCGAAAGCGAGAUUGUAGCAAUGGCCGGAGAGAUCAUAGCAAGAGCAAGCUUUGGAAUGGAUGAUGAAAAUGGAAAAAUAGUUUUUGAUCAGCUAAGAACUUUGCAAAUGACCCUUUUUAAGACAAAUAGAUAUGUGGGGGUCCCCUUUGGAAAAUUCUUUAAUUUUAAGAAAACUUUAGAAGCCAAGAAAAUUGGUGAGGAAGUUGACAAGCUCUUGUUAUCCAUUAUAGAAAGUAGGAUGAACUCAAAUGAUAAGAAACAACAUGAACAAGAUUUGUUGGGUCAUUUGUUGAAAGAAAAUAACGAGAUUGAUGGACAAAUGAAUAAGGCUUUAACAAAAAAGGAAUUGGUUGAUGAGUGCAAGACAUUUUUCUUUGGUGGCUAUGAGACAACAUCUCUAUCAAUCACAUGGACUUUGUUACUUCUAGCUUUGCAUCAAGAUUGGCAAAACCAAUUGAGACAUGAAAUUAAACAAGUUGUAGGAAAUGUUGAACAACUUGAUAUCAACUUACUUGCUGAUUUAAAGAAGAUGAAAUGGGUGAUGAAUGAAGCACUUAGACUCUACCCACCAUCUCCAAAUGUGCAAAGGCAAACAAUGGAGGAUAUUCAAGUAGAUAAUGUAAAGGUGCCUAAAGGGACCAACAUUUGGAUUGAUGUUGUAGCAAUGCACCAUGAUGUUACAUUAUGGGGGAAUGACGCCAACAAGUUCAAACCAGAGAGAUUUAUGAAUGAUGCAAAUGGGGAAUGCAACCACAAAAUGGGAUACUUGCCAUUUGGUUUUGGAGGGAGAGCAUGUGUUGGUAGGAACUUGACUUUCAUGGAGUAUAAGAUAGUGUUAACCCUACUUCUUUCUAAGUUUAAGUUUAAACUCUCCCCUAGUUAUUACCAUUCUCCUACUAUCAUGUUGUCUCUUAGACCUAGUUGUGGACUUCCUCUCAUAGUUCAACCAUUGUAG